AUGCAAAGUCACACCCUUCCAAGCAGAAGCGCCGUCAAUCUUGCGCUGCCGCUGCGGCCGAAUGUCAGCCAGCGCAACCAGGACAGCCGAAACUUCUUUACCAGCAACACAACGGCUAGCUCGACUGAGGCCAUCAACGGCCCUGUUCGCGAGCCUACGCGAGAGCAGCCCCCAGUCAGCGACCGACUAAUUGUUGGAGUUGAUUUUGGCACCACCUUUUCUGGUGUUGCGGCUGUCUAUACCUCAAAUCCCGACGACAUUGACAUUAUAAAAACAUGGCCUGGAAGUAACGGCAUCACCUCGGACAAGGUGCCGACCGAGAUUUCGUACGAUGUCCCGGCCAACGCGACGGAAGGGACUGAUCCCAACGUGAAAUGGGGCUUCCAAUUCAAACCCGAGGAGUCUCGGUUGCGUUGUAUCAAGCUGUUCCUUGAUCGCUCGCAAAAGCUGCCCUUCUAUGUCAGUCCACUCGACACAGCCGCGCAGCUCAAGCGCUUCAACAAGAACGUGGUCGACGCAGUCAGCGACUACCUCACUCAAAUAUACAAACAUACCAUGGAUACGCUGACGCGGCGCUACGGCGAAUCCUUUAUGGCCUCGACAAAGGUCGACUUUGUUCUGACUUGCCCGGCGGUAUGGAGCGAUGCCGCAAAGAAUACGACGCUGCAGGCGGCGGAGCGCGCCGGCAUGGGCAGCCGUUCCGAAAUUCAGAUGAUAAGCGAGCCCGAAGCCGCAGCCGUAUAUACACUGAAGGCCAUUCAGCCAAACCAUCUAAACGUCUCUGACAACUUCAUCGUCUGUGAUGCAGGUGGUGGCACUGUUGAGUUUGUCAACCCUCUCAUCGCAUACGAAAUCAAAUCCUUAAAACCGUUACGAGUUGAAGAAUCUGCCGUGGGAACCGGCGGUUUGUGCGGCAGCGCAUUUCUUAAUUACAGAUUCGAGGAGCAUGUCCGCGGUAGACUGGGCCAAGCGCGCUUUGACGAAAUGAAGACAAAAAAGGGCAAAACGUGGCAGAUGGGUCUCAAAUACUUCGAAGAAUUUGUGAAGCGUAAUUUCAACGAGGAAGAGCACCAGGAGUUCAAUGUUCCCUUCCCGGGUCUGGCCGACGACGAAGAGGUCGGCCUUGACUCUGGCUUCUUGGUCAUGACUGCAGAGCAAGUAAAAGACAUUUUUGAACCUGUCGUCAAGGAAGUAUGCGGUCUCGUGCAGGGUCAAGUCGACAACCUCCGCGCCAAGGGCGCUAUGGUAUCCGGCAUUGUCUUAGUCGGCGGCUUCGGCCAGAGCGACUACCUGUACCGCAAAUUAAAAGGACACUUUUCGAGCGCGGCGCCGCCACCGUACAGCGAGCGGCCGACACACGCCACAGUGAGCGCAACGGAGGAGGCCAGCUCGAUCGAGGUGAUGCAGCCUGUGUACGCUUGGACGGCGGUGGUGCGGGGCGCAGUGCUGCGCGGCCUCGAGGGCAACAUGGUCAUCUCACGCAAGUCACGGAUGCACUACGGCACGUCGUACGCGACCGUCUAUGACGAGGAUCGGCACUCGGUCAGCGAGCGGUACUGGUCGCCGCUGUGGGAGCGCUGGAUGGUAUCGGACCGCAUGCAGUGGCACAUUGCCAAGAGCGAGUCCCUUUCCCCGCUCGCGCCCAUUGCCUUUCACUACACGCGCAACUUUCGCCCCGGCCAGUCCCUCAUCGUCACUGAUGACCUGAUUUCCUGCGACGCCGAUGAGCCGCCCGCCGCCUUUACGCGCGACCUUGUCAACGUCUGCACACUGACAACGGACCUCAACGCCGUCCCGCGUAGCCUCUUUACGCGACUGACGACGACGCGUGGCGUCGAGUUUGACAAUUUGGACUUUACGCUGGAAAUGAUUGUUGACAGUGCGGGGUUGGGCUUUGAGCUCAAGGUGGACGGCGUGCGGUAUGGUCGUGUCGAAGCCGAGUUUCAUUAA